AUGUCCAUGAAGAACCAGACGUGGGUCAGUGAGAUUGUUCUCUUGGGAUUUCAGAAUCUCCACAACUUCAAGGUUCCCCUGUUCUCUCUGUUCCUUCUGAUUUACAUUCUGACAGUUUGGGAGAACGUCCUUAUCAUAGUGUUGGUGGCCUUCAGCCGGAACCUCCACUCCCCCAUGUACUUCUUUCUCCAGCAACUGGCCCUCUCUGAUCUACUGGAGUCCUCAAAUAUUGCCCCCACUCUGCUCCUAACUGUGAUGCAAGAUGGAAUCACAUUGCCCUUCGCUGGCUGUAUGACGCAAUUUUAUUUUUUUUCUGCUACAGAAGGCUUUGAGUGUUUGCUCCUAGCAGUAAUGGCCUAUGACAGAUAUGUGGCCAUCUGCAUCCCCCUGAGAUACACUUCUAUAAUGUCCCACAGGGUUUGUGUUACAUUCAUUGUUCUAUCUUGGGUGCUUGGCCUCAUGUCUGCCCUGCCCCUUGCCAAUAUCAUGGCUACCCUGCAAUUCUGUGACCAAAUUACUAUUGACCAUUUCUUCUGUGAUUUUUUCCCUCUUCUACAGUUUUCCUGCUCAGAUACUUUCUUAGUACAUAUAAUUAUGAUCUUAGAGUCUAUCCCUGUGGUUUCCCUUCCCUUUAUCCUCAUCAGUGUAUCAUAUAUGUGUAUUGCCCAUGCAAUCCUAAAGAUAGUGUCCCAUACCGGGAGGCAAAAAGCCUUCUCCACCUGCAGCUCCCACUUGGCCGUGGUCUCCAUGUUUUAUGGGACUAUAAUUAGUAUCUAUAUGGUUUCCCCCAGUAAAGAAUCACAGACCACAAACAAAUGUUUGUCUAUUCUGUACACUAUAGCGACUCCAUUGAUGAACCCACUUAUUUACAGCCUAAGAAGUAGCGAUAUCAGACAAGGCCUUGGCCUCCUGACAGCUAAGAGCUGAGCACUAGUACAGGUAGAAACUAUUAAGUGCACAGAAAUCUUACAGGAAUCUC